AUUCGCAAUACGAGAUGCUGCUAAGGUAAUCUUGUGAUGGCUGUGUAAUGCUGGUUGCAUAAUCUUGCUGAUAACUGUGUAGGGGAGAGCAGGGUCAAUUCUAAAAUGUGACGUACGAUAUUUAAUAAUACUUAUUAGAAAAACCAACACUAGUGUAAAAGUAAAGUGUCAUUGUUGGUUAUAAAAAGAAAACUCAACGAGUACACACACGGCGUAAACCGCCAUGAUCCAUCAUCUUUCAAAGAACCGCGAUUACCUCGAACUGGAUCAGAGCCAAUGUCGGUCAACGUGAACGUGUGCAUAACCAAGAACCUUUCGAUCAUCUUGAAACAAACAAGUCUAGACAGAGCGCGAACAGUGGAAACAAUAGACUUUACCAGACAACGGGAUGAUUCAAAGAGGUGUUGCCGGACGAGUUUUGCAAGGGUCGUUAGCCGUGGUGGCGGCGGCGGCGAGAUUCCUUUGAGAACUCCCUGGGCAAAAACUCUUACCUGCGGUGGGUGGGAUGAUUACAAAGGCGUUGGCUUCUACUUGGGGCAGUCCAAUUUUAUCGGCGUACCUAUAAGUUAUAGAUUCUCCUAGUCAUAAACAAGACAAUGUCAGAUUGUUUAAAAAAAAAGAUUAGCAUAUUAUUAGUUUACGUAGUCUGAAACAAUAAAGCUGCUAAUGGCGAAAACUUGACCAUUAUCGACAGAUUCCUGCCAGGCAUUUGCCACUAUUUUGUGAAAGCAAGUAGUAAUUAGUGAGGCUUUCGUGACCUGGAUCCAUCAGGGGUUGUUCCUCCAGGGAAUCGGAAAUUUCGAGCAAAACAGCAAAGUGCGAAUUAGAGAAACAUCCAUCCGAAUGUCCGACAACGGCUUUCCUGCCGACGUUGCAGGAUGAUGUUUGGAAGUGCCGAUCCACUGUAUAAUCCUGCAAGCCGCAUUUUCGGCACGCCCGCAUGGAUGUUCUUUCUAUAAAGAUCAAAACUGGCAGGAACGGCAAAUAAAAAAGAGACGUGUCUGCCGAAUUCGAGUUUUUUCGACUUCGAUGAUUUUGUUCUUGCUGGAUUGUUGGAAAUGAAGGUCAGCAAAGUCACUAUCCUUGGAAUAAAAACUGGUAAAUUCGAUUUGAUGCAGUAAACCCUUGGCGAAAGUAGGAGAAUUUGCAACGAAUGAAAUUUAAAGUG